UCUACUGGCCGUGCUCCGGUUACCAACCUGGAUCUUAAGGUUAUCCAGACCCAAUUAUCUACUCGAACCGGCACUAAAUUCCGUGAUACUCAUUCUCAAGACCGGUCAAACCAACAGAAAGAGAACUCCCAGAACCGCAGUUAUUCAAAACAAGCAUCUGGAACCAAAUACACAAUUCCUCAACGUUCCAAUAACCAAGAUAGAUCUCGUCAUACACUUAUAGACUGUGAUCACUGCGGAAAUCGCCAUGGACUUAUAUGCUAUUUUAAACAUCCUGAGAAAGCACCAGAGUAUAGACGCAAGUUCUAUACUACUAUGGCUAAUGCUCUCCGUGUUCAGCAACAAUCUGAAGCAAACCCACAAUCAAACCAGGAUCACCCUGCUUCACAGGAACUUGUCUUGCAUAAGAAACUCUCCAAUGCCAAAUCUGCCAUUGUGAAGUCUGCAAAGACUCUCUCAUUUUCCAAUCAAUGGUUUGUUGACAGCUGUGCCUCUUUCCAUUCUACACCUGACCGUUCACUUUUUGCAACCUAUAAGGCCUUGCAGAAGCAUGAUCUGGUGGAGACAGAUUAUAUGGAAGGUGCUCAAGGCCAUAUCUCUAUGCCUCAAGGCAUUGGCACCGUGAUUAUAGAUAUUGGUUACGGAUCUCUGAUCCUAAGAGACGUCCGCCAUGUUCCUUCCUUUACUUCCAACCUCAUUUCAGAAGGCAUGCUUGUACGACAAGGCUUUAGGCUUCAAUAUACACUAGAUUGUGAAGUCAAGCUGAUUACCACACCAUCUGGAGCUGAAUUCCAAGCCCGAUUGUUCAAAAACAAUGUUUACCUCCUUGAAGACUGUCUAUCUCCUGGAGAAGAAGAAAAUUCCUAUGCCUUUGUCACCACCCGGUCUGGCAAAGAAGUUAACCGCCCAGAAGAGCCACCUGCAAAGGCUCCCACAAUUAAGACACCAGCUGAGGCUCCUACUCCAAAAGAGACCCCGGUUCUAGGGAAGCCGCGAACUACUAAGAUAUCCCUACCUAUCAUGGCCUGGCACCGACGCCUAUGCCAUCUCAAUCAAGCCGAUCUCCUCCGCCUCGCCCGAGAUCCUGAGUCUUGCAUCGAAAUCAAAGGCUCUAAAGAACUCCCAUUUUGUGAAGUCUGUAUACAGGCUAGACAGACACGCUAUUAUAGCAAGGUCCCUAGGUCCAGAGUUACCAAACCCCUUGCCCGAGUCCAUCUAGAUAUCGCCGGCGGUGGACAAACUCUUGAUUUUGACAACCCUAAUGAUGUUGUCACUGGCCGAAUUGGGGCAAAAUAUGUCUUACUUAUUACCGACGAUGCCACACAUUAUCGAUGGAUCCUCUUCCUUGAGACAAAAAGUGCAGCCAUUACCGCCUUCAAGAACUGGCUUCAAAAUAUGAAGAACCAUGGCUUCACUGCUCCUGCCUACCUAGUCUCUGAUAAUGAAUUCCGCUCCACUGAAUGGAUGGAAACCUACCGUCAGGAAGGCAUAGAAUGGCAACCAAGCUCGCCAUAUUCACCAUGGCAAAAUGCCGUUAGUGAACGUGGCAUCCGGAUCCUUUUUGAACGGGCCCGAGCUAUGAUGCUUGAUGCCCCAUAUAUACCAGAACGCUUUUGGGUAGAUGCUCUCCAAUAUGCCACAGAUCUUACAAAUCGGCUCCCUACAUCUACCAUCUUAUACAAUUCCCAAAUUCCUGGGGGGGUGAAUAUCAACAAGGACAUACACCCCAGCCCUUAUCGCGCUCCGUUGGCAGCGUGGACUAAUUCAUCCAUUUCUUCACUCCCCGGAUAUCGCCGUUGGGGGUGUCCAGCCUGGGUCCAUCGGCAUGGACCAGAUAAACCUGGAAAUAAGCUUGAUUCACGUUCUCACUGCUGUUUCCUCAUUGGCCAAAUUAGUAGCCAUCAAUAUCGUGUUUGGGACCCUAAAACUGACACCGUCUUUGUCACCAAUGAUGUUAUAUUUGAUGAGGAUUACAAAGAUCCUACAACUACCACUCCCAAAGGUCCCAGCACCCCUACCGAAGAAAACCCAACUCAAUUAGUUGAAGAUGAACCUCUCAAUGACCAAGAUAUAUGGCUCCGACCUGCCAAAGGCAUGUCCCUAGCUUACUUUGCCACUUCAACCAUUCCUUCAUCAGAAGACAACACGCCUACUUCUUAUAAGCAGGCCAUAUCCCAUCCUGAUGCUGCUAAAUGGCAAGCUGCCAUGCAAAAGGAAGUCAACCAACUCAAAGAGAAAGGCUGCUGGCAACUCAUUCGCCGUUCUGACCUACCACCAGGGGCCAAAGUCAUCCCUGGCCGGUGGGUAUACAAAAAGAAAGAAAUCCCCGGCAUACCUAUCUCAGAGGAUUAUCAGGCUAAAGCCCGCUGGGUCAUUCGUGGCAAUCUACUUGAUAAAGACUUCAUGGAAUCCUACGCACCAGUGGUAAAUGAAAAUACUACCAGAACCCUCACGGCACUGGCCACCCUGCUUGGCUGGCAUACCCGAAAAGCUGAUGCCACCCUUGCUUUCCUAAAUGGGAAAAUGCCCACGGACAAACGUGUCUUUAUGACCCAAGUUCAGGGAUUCAAAGAAGGUUCUGGAGAUCUUGUCUGUGAACUCCUUCAAUCCCUCUAUGGAUUGGUCCCAUCUGCCCGCAUCUGGUAUGAUACUCUGGGUGCUUUUCUACGCCAAAUCAGCUUCAAAUGCUCUGAAUAUGACUCUGGUCUAUGGAUCCACACUACCCGGACCCAACUCUAUGUGACCACCCAUGUGGAUGACUUCAAAGUCUAUGCUAAACAUGAAAAUGAUGCCAUCUGGUUUAUGGAGACUCUCUCCGCCAAAUUUGACAUAAAAGAAGUUGGAAACUCUACCAAAUACCUUGGCAUGACCAUCUCCCAGUCUGAGACUUCAUCUUCUUUAUCUCAAGCCGACUACACUGAAGAUGUUGUUGCCUCUUUUGGUCAAGCCCAAGCACAUCCUGUUAGGAUUCCAAUGGAUCCUAGCCUAAUAAUUGAUGAUGAACCAGACCCUACAGUCAACACCAAAGAAUAUCAACGUGGUGUAGGCUGCCUUACCUGGCUAGCCACCAAAACCCGGCCAGAUCUUAGCCAGACGGUUGGCAUACUAUCCCAAUAUAACGCCAAACCCACCCAAAAAGCAUGGCGUGCCCUUAUACACGCCAUACGCUAUCUUAAAGGCUCCAUCAAUCGGCAAAUUACCUAUCAUAAAACCCACGGAGUCCAUUACAUCUGACCUCCUCAUGCCAAAAUGUUAUACCGACUCUGAUUGGGGUGGCCAACUGACAGGCAACCGCCGGUCAGUUUCUGGAUACAUCUUUCUGCUUGCCGGAGCCCCAAUUGCCUGGAAAAGCCGCAAGCAAACAUCCGUUGCCCUUAGCUCCAACGAAGCUGAGUAUAUGGCUCUAAGCGAAGCCAGCCGUGAUGCCCUCUGGCUCCGGAAUCUCAUCAACGAGCUUAAUGUGCUCCCAACUGAAUGCCCACCAAUAUCUCUUCAUAUCGAUAAUCAAGGUGCCCACGCCAUGGCUGAAGCCGAGCUCACCACCAAGAGAUCCAAACACAUUGACAUACGCUACCAUUACGUUCGGGAGAAGGUCCGAGACGGCAUUGUUAAACUUCAGACCUGCCCUACCAAAGAACAGGCAGCAGAUGGCCUGACAAAACCUCUCCAAACUGAACGAUUCAAUCAUUUCCUGGAACUCACCGGCAUACAUUAAGCGGCGCUUGUUCCCCCAUUUUGGUUAUACUUUCUAUUCUGAUUUACGGCUUCUGAUUGGCCAAAGCGGAACCUCUCACUUCUCUGCUUAAUUUUGCUUUUACUCUCUCAUUUGGAGGCCUGAAUAGAGGCCGAUUUUUGUAUUUAAAUUCUUUAGAUUAGUCUUUAGGCCAGCUCGUGCGUGGGGGGGUGUUGGAUCACGUGGGAUUCUGCCGCAUAGGUCCGCCCUCGCUGACCCUUUUCACCACGUAGGCCUAUCUAGCUAGUAACCAAC